CGCACGCGUAGAGCGUAGAGGAGGCCAUGUUAAAGUUACAGUGAAGUCAGCCUUGAUUUUUUUCUGACGACGUAUGUUUAUAUUGUUUGUUUCCCGUUGUUUGUUGAGCCAGAGUCCCAACAAACAGAACGGUUGGAUAAAGAAACUGGAGUUCUAAAAAUGAAUUCCAGUUUCGACCUUUCAAGGCGAAAUCCGCAGGAGGAUUUCGAGCUCAUACAGAGAAUUGGAAGCGGGACCUACGGAGAUGUGUACAAGGCUCGAAAUGUCACCACAGGGGAGCUGGCAGCCAUCAAGGUCAUCAAACUGGAGCCUGGGGAGGACUUUGCGGUGGUGCAGCAGGAGAUCGUCAUGAUGAAGGACUGUAAGCACUCUAACAUCGUGGCCUACUUCGGCAGUUACCUGAGGAGAGAUAAGUUAUGGAUAUGUAUGGAGCAUUGCGGGGGCGGGUCCCUUCAAGACAUAUAUCACGUGACGGGCCCUCUCACGGAGUCGCAAAUAGCCUACGUGUCGAGGGAGACUCUGCAGGGGCUGUAUUAUCUACACAACAAAGGGAAAAUGCACAGAGAUAUUAAGGGAGCAAACAUACUGUUGACCGACAACGGAUAUGUCAAACUAGCUGACUUUGGCGUCUCUGCACAAAUCACAAUGACAAUAGCCAAGAGAAAAUCCUUCAUUGGCACACCUUACUGGAUGGCACCAGAGGUGGCAGCAGUGGAGAGGAAGGGCGGGUACAACCACCUGUGUGACAUCUGGGCGGUGGGCAUCACAGCCAUCGAGCUGGCAGAGUUGCAGCCACCCAUGUUUGACCUGCAUCCGAUGAGGGCCCUGUUCUUGAUGACCAAAAGUAACUUCCAGCCUCCCAAGUUGAAAGACAAGGUGAAAUGGACCAAUAAUUUUCAUCAUUUUGUGAAGAUAUCCCUGACAAAAAACCCUAAGAAGAGGCCUUCUGCAGACAAGCUGUUACAGCAUCCCUUUGUAUCCCAGCCGCUGAGUCGGACACUGGCCAUCGAGCUACUGGACAAGGCGAGCAACCCGGACCACUCCACAUACGAUGACCACUUUGAUGACGAGGAGACAGAGCCCGAGACUCCUGUGUCUGUGCCUCAUCGGAUCCCCUCAGGGAACACGCGGGAGGGGAAAACGCUCUCUGAGAUCAACUUUGACCAAGUCAAGUUUGAUCUCGUACGUAGAAAGGAGACUGAACCAUAUCAUGACCUACACGACUCUGACGAUUUUUUGGACUGUGAGGAAGAUAUAUACUACACUGCAAGAUCUAAUCUGGACUUGCAAAUGGACUAUGAAGACGGAUCUCCCAAAGGUUCCAUCUUGGGUGGAAAUAAGAGUCUUUUGAAAUCGGUUGAAGAGGAGCUAAACCAAAGGGGACACGAGACUCACUUAGAAGACGACGAGGAUGAUGAUGGCGGCAACAACGCGGAUUCCGUGAAUGGGGAAGACGCCAUUAACGAAGAUGAAGAUGAGACGCUACACUCUAAGGGCUCAACCAUGCGACCCAAAGUGCCUCCACCGCCUCCUCCAACCAAGGAGAAGGCCAUUCCCACCUCACUGGAAGACUCCCCAACCCACCAGGGCUCCCCCAGUGACCAUGACAACCACCAAGGGACCAUAAAGCGUUGCCCCAUGUCGGAAAGCCCUGCCCGGUCAGCCACACAUGGCCCUCCCAGACCGCCGCCCCCCAAACUCCCCCCACACAAGCUCAGCAGCUUAGGCAAUGGAGUUAGUUCGACAGACGUGAGCAGUGAUGCUGGGGCCGAAAAGCAGUCUACUACGCCCCCUAGUGGUACUACAAGGAAAGACAGGAAAGAAAUUCCGAAACCUAUCAGUAACGGCCUCCCCCCCACCCCGAAAGUCCAUAUGGGUGCUUGUUUCUCAAAAGUCUUCAAUGGCUGUCCUCUCAAAAUACACUGUGCUGCAUCCUGGAUCAAUCCCGAUACAAGAGACCAGUAUCUCAUAUUUGGAGCAGAAGAGGGCAUUUACACGUUAAAUCUGAAUGAGCUGCAUGAAAAUUGUAUGGAGCAGCUGUUUCCCCGAAGGUGUACGUGGGUUUACGUCAUGAGUAAUAGUUUACUCUCCAUAUCUGGAAAAGCCUCCCAGCUGUACUGCCACAACCUGGCAGGUCUGUUUGAGCAUGCUCGGCAGAUGCAGAAGCUACCUGUGGCCAUUCCUACGCACAGGCUCCCUGAUAAAAUCAUUCCAAGGAAGUUUUCCAUCUCCAAUAAGAUUCCUGACACUAAAGGGUGUCAAAAAUGUUGUGUUGUGAGGAAUCCCUACACGGGCCAUAAGUACUUGUGUGGAGCAUUUCAGUCAAGUGUGGUCCUUUUGGAGUGGGUGGAGCCCAUGCAGAAGUUCAUGCUUGUCAAGAACAUCGAAUUCCACCUGCCCUGCCCACUUGAGGUGUUUGAGAUGUUGGUGGUGCCGGAGCACCCGUACCCCCUCAUCUGUAUGGGUGUCAGCAAGGGUGCAGAGUUCAACCAAGUGGUGUGUUUUGAAACCCUGGACCCGAACUCCACUUCUCCUUGGUUUGAUGAAUCUGACAAUCCACAGACCUGUGUUAUCCACGUGACUCAGCUGGAACGAGACACCAUUUUGGUCUGCCUGGAUCGGUGCAUUAAGAUUGUGAAUCUGCAGGGGAGGUUGAAGUCCAGCAGGAAACUCUCAGCCGAACUGACGUUUAAUUUCCAGAUUGAGGCAAUAGUUUGUCUUCAAGACAGUGUUCUGGCAUUUUGGAGGCAUGGUAUGCAGGGGCGCAGCUUCAAAUCCAAUGAGAUUACGCAAGAGAUCUCAGACAACACAAGAAUGUUCCGGCUUCUUGGAUCAGACAGGGUGGUGGUGCUGGAAAGCAGACCUACGGACCACCCCACAGAACACAGCAACCUCUAUAUCUUAGCGGGCCAUGAGAACAGUUACUGAAGUGGAAUGUGCAACACUUGGAUGGGAACAAGGACAGGAGUCAAACCCCAUAUGAAGUGAUUUCUUUUUUUUAACUACACGUGAAGUUGCUUUUUUCUGCAAGGUAAUGCUGUUGCUGCUGUUGUAGAAGAGUAAUCAGGACUGGUUUAGACGGUAGUUAAACUACAUUGUGAUUUAAUUUUGAAAUCAAUUUGUAAUAUGGUUGAGCAUUUAAGGCAGUGUUGGGAACAAUCUAUAAUGCAAGAACAAAACCGCUCAACCUUACAUAGCAAUAAAGUUACUAAGCAAUAAAAAAAGUGUACACUUGAGCAGAGCAAUAUCAGCAACUUUAUGGAAUGUGUGGAUAAUUAAUUAAUUAUUGAAACAUUUCCUGACCCCACACUCCAUAGUAAAGGAGUUGACCUUGAGUUGACCUUGAUUCAAAUUGUUUUAUUGUAAUUUUUUUAUUUGUUUGUAGGUGACUACAAUAACCAACCUGUGAACCAAGUAUAGUGAUAGCAUGUGCCAUUUAGCCAACUUGUCUUUUUCAGAGACUGUCAGAUCCCUAUAGAUUGCGUAAUAUUCCACACAGACAGAUGCCAUGCUUCAGAUUUGAUUGUCUUCUGAUGGGUUAAUGUCAAUUUUCCAGACGCUCUCAGAUCUUGAUCAAUGUCUGGAAUAUGAGGCUUAGUAAGAUGUGAUUCGAUCAUGGAGAUGAAAUGUUUCAAAGAAGAGAAUGGCUAGACUGAGAAGUGAAGUGAAACAGAGCUUGGAGAAUGAGACAGUGUGGAUUUCCAGACUUACAGACCUAGAAUUUACUGCAAACGUUGUCGUCGUCCCCCCACACACACGCACCUCUAUCCUAAGAAUAGCAUGUUACAUCACGCACUAAGUGCUUGACAGAAGUGUAUGUAUUUAAUGUAAAUAGAAUAUUUAGGCUGUACACUGACCAUGUACUGUAGAUAUUCUAGCAUAUGUUGUACAGCUGUGCCCUUGCUUGACAUUUGUCAAAAACUGCUGCCUAAGGUUUGCGGGGUACUGCCUCAAAGGGCUUUUUUGAGUCAUUCAAACCAACAAAAGUAGUUUGGACCACAAAGUGCAAACUGUUGGUCCAUCAUUCAUCAGAUGCAUUUCUUUGUUUUUAUUUGUUUUAUGUUGAACCACCUUCUUUAAAUUAAGCCAUAUAGAGAUAUGUUAUUUGCUUUUUACGCUGUUUUAUUUCAGAUCUUGUAUGAUUUAUAUUCCCCUUGCUCAGACAUGCACUGGCUAUAAAAUCUGCACGUAGUAGCUUAAUAAACAUGGUAUGUAUCCAUACAGUACAUUUAGGCUAUAAGUAAAUUAUACUAAUAAAAGCAUCAUGCAGGAGUGCAUAGGCUGCGUUACAUUUGACAUAUUGCUAGAAACAGAAACAUAACCUGUUAUGUGAAAUCGAAGCAAUAGAAUACACUACAUGUUUUAGAAAUAAUACCAACCUGUUACACAAAAUACAAUUACAAAUCAGUUACACGUAUGAAAAACACAACUUAUGUUUUAUCAUAUUGAGGUGUUCCGGGUUGAAUAUUUGCCAUAGUUCAUGUGCCACUUACUGUUAAUGUUUUUCUGUUACGUUUCAUGCUGGAAACAAGGUGGGAAUACUUUUGGCCAAAUUCAUUUUUACAGUUUAUUGUUCCUUUUCCCCCCAAAUGACCAUAAUGUAGGUCUUUUCAUUGUCUGUUUCCAUAUUGAUUCAUUGUAAAUAAUGUACAAUAAAAAUUUUGGUUUACAAACUA